GCUGUAAUUAUAGCAUUACAAUCAACAAAAGAAAGUUUGAAAAAAGGUUGCGCUAUAAAAACCUUUCGCCGCGCAGCUAUGAAAAAUUUAAUGUAUUUAAAUAUAUAACAACAACAAGAACAACAACAAAAAUACUCGCUAAAAAAAUAUAUAUAAAAAUAAUAAUGCCUUCACACAUAGUACGCACAACAUCCGUACUCCAAUUGUUGCUAUUGACAAGCCUAGUCGUGCGCCAUACCGCCACCACCAGCUGGCGUCAGGUGAAACCGAUGUAUCUGCUCUCGAUGUAUGAGCGCGCUGACGAUUAUUCUAGUGAUCCCAUGGUCUUGAGUUUAGAAGCUGAUCCGCUCGAAGAAGAUAUGCCACUGCCGGGGCAGAGCAAACAUGCUAUGGACCGUAUUUUCGGCGGCAGUGUUGCGCAACGUCACAGUUUUCCAUAUCAAGCGGGUUUAUUAUUGCAAAGGCCGAAAGGUCUCUACUGGUGUGGUGGUGCUUUGAUCUCGGAUGAAUAUGUUUUGACGGCGGCUCAUUGUGUUGAUAUGGCUAAGCGUGGCUUAGUAUUUUUGGGCGCACACGAGAUUAAAAAUACCAACGAAUUGGGUCAGGUGCGCAUAAUGGUUCAUCAUAAUAACUUCAUUAUUUACCCAUCCUGGAAUCCUCGCCGACUUAAAGAUGAUAUCGCCUUAGUGCGACUGCCAAUACCCAUCGAGUUCAAUGACCGCAUUCAACCAAUACCAUUGCCGCGCCGCAGUUAUGAAUAUGAAAGCUUUCAAAAUAAAUUAGCCAUUGCCUCCGGCUGGGGACGCUACGCCAUGGGCGCACAUGCCAUCAGCAGUGUGCUGCGUUAUGUCAAACUGCGUAUUAUUGACGGUUGGACCUGUAAACGCAGCUUUCCGCUAUCAUACCGCAGCACGAAUAUCUGUACGAGCGGCAAAUUUGCGCGUUCCACUUGUAAUGGCGACUCGGGUGGUCCAUUAGUUGUGCGCCGUAAAUAUACGAAGAAACGUGUACUCAUCGGAAUCACAUCAUUCGGUAGCAUACAUGGUUGUGAUCUUGGUUAUCCGGCGGCAUUUACAAAAGUCGCCUCCUAUCUGGAUUGGAUAAGUGAUGAGACGGGCAUAGAAUCGUGGCACGAAUCAUCCAAUGCAAUUGUGUUCAAGAAACUCUUGAAGGAUUAUGAGCGCAAACACAAUCGAUUUACCUAUUCCAAUGAGGACGCAACGAAGGAAACAGAAGAAGAGUGGAGCGGUAGUAGAGAGGAGAUACCGGAAUUCACUAUGCCACGUGAGAAGUAUCCAACGAGGGCGGGACGUACGUUGCAUAUGCGUUUGCCGCAGAGACAAACUGUUAUACGUUAUACGCAUCCAAAACCUUAUCGAAAAUACAAAUAUAUAUUUUUGUGA